GCAGCCCAUGCGGAAGUGAACCGACCGGGCAGCUAGCUAAGCUAAAUACAAAACAUCCCAAACGGUGUUCUGUGUACUGAGCGCUCUGUAUUAGUUCCUGUAUAAAACACGCAAUGGCGUAUCAGCUGUACAGAAACACGACACUCGGAAACAGUUUACAGGAGAGUCUCGAUGAACUUAUACAGACUCAGCAGAUUACCCCACAACUAGCCCUGCAAGUACUGCUCCAGUUUGAUAAAGCCAUCAACACUGCACUGGCUAAUCGGGUUCGCAACAGAGUCAACUUUAAAGGAUCACUUAACACAUAUAGAUUUUGUGACAAUGUGUGGACAUUUGUUUUGAAUGACGUGGAGUUUCGAGAGGUCACUGACCUGGUGAAGGUGGAUAAAGUGAAGAUAGUAGCUUGUGAUGGAAAAAACACUGGCUCUAACACAGCAGAGUAAGAAGGUGGGAGUGCAUACAUCAUCAGAGAGAAUACAAGAAGCGUGCCAUACUGACAAAGGAAGAAGUGAAAGAAAGCUGGAUUUAAAAGAGGAGACUGUAUACAUACUAUUUAUUACAAAUGACAGCUCUCCAUCUUCCACACAAAGCCUUGAACAUGUUUUAUAUAUACUUAGAAACAAAGCCCACAUAUUUCCCUUUCUGUUAAUUAUAAUGUUUCUUUGUUUAUCUAAUAAAUUCUUUUAAAAUA